ACUAAGCGCACCACGCGAGCUCGGCUACUAGCUACAGCUACAGCUACCGGCUACCGCACGCGGCGACCGCACGCGCGAACUUAUCCAGUGCUCGAGAUCGUACAGUGCCGAAGUGAUACAAUCAAAAAAUUGUUUUUGAUAAUUAAAGUGACCGUUACUGGGCUUUGAUGCAAGACUAGUACGAAGGCGAUUGAAGGUUUUUUCACAGUAGCAUCAGGGUAAUCGGGGCAGAUAGCAUUAACGGUUGGCUCGGCGCUCGACUGUGGCCGACCGCAAGCAUGACGAGCGCCGGCGACUGCGCUCUCGUGCUGCUCUUGCUGGUUCCCGCAGUACUUACACAGGACUACGAUGUAACGGACAUCCAAUGCACAUUCUCGAGCGGCGGCACGGGCCUGCGGGACUCAGUGACGGCUCUACUCAGGAAGCCGGAAGGGUUCCGCGGGGCCCCGCUGUUCGCGGACGACCGGGCGACGGACCCCGUGGCUGACCCUGUGUGUCAGAUCCGGCCGGAGCCGGAGGACCCGACGGGGCUGCUGUACAGGCUCCGGAUAUCGGACUUUACCAGAUGUGGAGUGCUGAAGCGGAAUGGUUUCGUGCACGUCCGCGUAUGGUUCCCUCAGUUCCCUGGCGUGGUGAUGCAGUCGGAUCAGGAGCUGAUCAUCAUGUGUAAGCCACCCGAGCCCACCAUCAUCGAGAACAAGGCCGCCGGCUUCGCUGGCAGCUUCCCACACGGCGCGCGAGUGUCCGGCGUGGUAGAAGAGACGCCGGGCCGUCUCGAGUACGAAGUGGCGCUGUACAAGGAGGCGCCACCUGUGUCGCGGCACACCAACCACUCCGUCGACCUGCCCGUCGAUCAGGUAACUGCUGCGGUACCCAUUGGCACGAAGCUGCAGCUGCGCGCACGCAUCAACCCAGAAUCGGCGUGGCGACACAUUAAGCUGCUAGAAGUGGCCGUGUCACCGGACCCGGACCGGCCACACGCGCCCGGCGCCGUCCUGCUUGUCAAAGAGGGCUGCCGAAACCGCGACUUCGCGUCCAUCAUCCCGCACCAGCCGGCUCGGUACCGCGAGCGCCACAACGAAGUGUUCCUAGACUUUGAGGCGUUCCUCUUGGCCUCUAUGAAGGAACGCUCGACUCUGUGGAUCCACUCACAGAUCAAGGCUUGCAUGGACGCUGCGGACUGCCAGCCGGAUUACUGUCUGGACUUGUUCGAACCUUCCGGUCACGGUCGCCGGCGCAGAUCGCUCCCCGACGCGACACACAUACACAACAUAACCAGCGCCGCCAUGGUGGCAGACAACGGGACCACCCCGUACACGAGGUUUAAGGAGAACCUUGAAUACACUGUCGUGAUGCCGGGGGAACUGUUCCAUCGGACACCGCUGGAAGGGACAUGUGCGACGUCUAUGAUGGUCGCUGCGGCGUUAGGGGCCUUGCUGUUCAUGUCAGCACUGCUGAUGUGUUACCUGGCUACACGCUUGAACUCAACAAUGCUCAAAAACAACAGUUUACAAGUGCCGCCGGGCAAGAGCUUCGAACAAAUCCUCAGAGAACUUGCCCACCACUCACUUCCGGACUCCGGCUACACAGGGCGCCCCACCGUACAGUGAAAAUAGUAUUCUUCUAUAAAUACACUAAAUUAAUGAUUAGGUAUUUAUUUUAAUGCAAUUCGUUUAAGAGUUCUUAUAUAUUUUAAUUAGGUUACCUCGUAGUGCAUAUUUAUUUAAUUAGGCAUAGUAUUUAUUAAUUUAAAAUGUGAACUUAUGACUGAAAAACCACAAGUUAUGUAAGAUAACUAUAAACUUUUUCAGUCAUGACUGUUGCUUAUAAAAAAUAGAUUUUAAGGAUCUAUUAGAUUUAUUAAGAUAGGUAGU